GCUCCAGUCGAGUAUCAAAUCACCUACUUCUCCGCUCAUCACUCCUGGUCGACAGUCCGCAGCCGCACGCCCGUCAUUCGCGACAAUCUUGCUACCUAGCUCCCCUGACAGAACGUCAACCACAACCAGCUACGUGGUUCAUCAAGACUUAGGCAACGGGCAUUCUCUUCUCGCUGCGCGAAAGCUCCCACAUCCUCAUAUUUUGACCUCGCUGAAGUCAAUCUCACCGUCGAUAACUCGCAUCCCGUACCAGCUAUAAUCUUCGACGGACUUCCCUAAAUUCCACAAUGGAUCUCUCUAACAUCUUUCGCUUCGCCAACGUGGCUGUUGGUGUCAUUAUGGUUCUCGGUGGUAUCGCGCAAUUCUUCCCAAUUAGCCUGGGACAUGUCAUCACCGGUGUAUACGUGAUUCUCUUUGGUCUCAUCGUCGCCGGAUUGGAAUUCUUCCCCACAAUCCCGGAUUAUGUCUACCGCUAUGCGUCCUUCCUCUUCUCGUUCCUUGGUCGCGGUGUUUUCUACAUCUUCGUUGGAUGUCUCAUCCUGCAUGGCCACGUUCUGCAAUACAUUGCUGGUUCCAUCGUCGGCUUCCUCGGCAUUGGGUAUGCUGUCUUGGAAUUCGUCCCCUCCAUUGAGCCGCCGUCGAACAUGCGCGAGGCCGACCAGAGCUGGGGUGCCGAGCAGGUCGUCUAGAGUUCUUAAAGCGUGUUCGUGGAAGCGGGAAUUGCGUUGCGACAGGGCCGGCGCUACGUGCUCUGCGCAGCCAUUACGAUCGAUGAACGGCCGAUUGUUUCUGCGAAAUUAUAUACCACGAAAUGCAAGUAUUACGAAUUCGGGAUUCUUAUGAUGAACGAUAUUCCAUGAGUGUGACGAAUGCCUCUGCGACGAUGAAAGGAAGAUACAGGUGAGGAGAACGGUGUGCAGGUAUACGUCGUUUAUCUGUGUGCGCGUUUGGACGGCAGGCGGUCUUGCUUGCCCAAAAGGCCAUUGCAAUCUAUUUGAGCAUGUUUCAUCAAUUUCGAAUCUACUGAUUCUUUGUCUGGUUGGUCUGCUCGCUAGCACUGUACCAUACAACUUGUAGAGCUAUU